CUUGCCGACGACGGCAGCCUCAGUAGUCGGGCGGCCCUCAGCGGAAAGGCUUUGCCAAACGAAACGAGCUCACGCCACUUCGAAACUUCGCGGAAAACUUUUUUUCAAUAAACCAUUUCCAAAUUGAAAUGGUACGAUGUCGGGCAAAUACGACCCGAGCACGCUGUGGGUUGCUCUUAGCGAGUACAGCGAUGGGAACAUCUUUGAGGUGUACCCCAAGCUCUUGGCACAGCUCCUCGUGGAGGAAGAUGCAGCGAGACAGGUUGGUGAUACCAGUGAGGCGGAGAAGCUGGUGUUGCCCAGCGAUAAGGACUGGCGACUGCAGCAAUACUUCAUCCUUGUCGGGAUGCAGAAGGAUUUGGAUAUGGAUUCGGAAGAAGACGGUGACAAGGUUCAAAAGCCCAUGGAGGAGCCGCCUGAGGAGUGGGCGCCGUGGAGCCUGGUGGUGGCCACCAAGAAUCCGAACGCCCCGCCGCCUGUCGCCGUCAAAACCGCUCCGGGGCCUGCCUGGGACAUAGGACAGGUCUUAAAAGCAGCUCGACUUCUGUGCAAGCCACCGCUUGCCGUCGAGUUUGAACAUGAGCAAGAGAUGCGAUGUGUCUACUCGCUCAUCUACGAUGUCUUUCGAUAUAAGUCUAUUUUGGACCAAGCAAUCGAAGACAUAGAGUUCUUUGAGGACUAUCCAGAGAUAGCAAAACAUCGUCACGCAGUAUGGUUAUUCUUGAUGGAGUUGGCCAGACGCCGUUGGGGAGCAAGACCUCGAAGCGAGAUCGAAAGGGCCACUCGUCUGCUGAACGAAGCUGGAUCGCCCUUUAAGGACAUCGAGAAUACUAUCUGGAAUCAGAGGGUGCACUUCGCUGCUGCCAUCGCCAGGAUACGCAUCAAAAAUAAGGCUUUCUCGUUAUCAGACCUGCUGCCGGCCCACUUGCGUGAUGAGCGUAUAUCGGCGUGUGUUCACAAAGAAAGUGUCACGGGAUGGGUCAACACCUUCAAGGCAAAGAAAGUAGCACAAUUAGUCAAAAGGUUACACGAGCUAGGAUAUUCGUACAGCAACUCUCGUCAACUUUGCGCCGGGGAGUACAGAUUCGAUCGCGUGUGUCCAAGGUUUAUUACGCUUCGUCCACCUGAAAGUGUCAACGUAGGGCAACUGGAUUUGGUAAAAAAUGGUGUCAUAGUUCUUCAGGAGCGUGAGUUCUGCGAAGGAGCAUCAACCUUAUGCAGAGCUUUGCGAGCUAAUUCCCUACGAGGUGUGGUGGCUCAGACCCAUGCAUCUUCACCUCGUUGCUCAGCAUAUCUCGCCGCUCAACUACGCGAGCUGGCAGCCGUGCUGAAAGCAAAGGCACCGGCCGCGCCAGCCACGCCCGAACUUGGAAAGCUGGUGGUCUUCGGUGCUGGGGAUAAGGUGGAGAGUUACGUGUGUGCUCUCCGUGACCUCGGCAUCGAGGCUUCAGAGCUGCCCCACUCGGGUGCUCCCGUGUGCGUCCUCAGCGACCCAGUGCACUGCGACACUCCAGUGGUAACCAACGCACUGGAUGGAGUGGUGGCAGUCCUGGCCACACCUCCCAACUCGUAUUCGGCAGUCACAGACCCUAUUGACCUUGUCUGCGGCAGAGGAGGUGACUUGGCCAUGCUAGAGAUCCUCACGGAAUCUGAGAUUGAUACACAUGGAAAAGCUCGAGUUCAGUCGAUACUUGAGGAACAGAAAAAAACUUUGAAAACUCUUCUGUCUAAGCCUCAGAUUCAGCUAAUCCUGUAUGAAACUCAUUCAGCCCUGGAAGCAGAAAACCAGGCCCAAGUGACAAGGGCAGUCGCAGAAGCCAACCGACUGGCGAGGGAGCGCCAUGCCUUACUCAAGAAAAAACAUAGAGACCAUCACCAUAGUCCCAAAAAGGAAGUUGCAGAAACAAUCGGCACUGACUCAUCGACGUCCUUGGACAACACUGGCACAAGAUCUGACGUGGAAAAAGACGACGACGAAUUCUCAGUCAGUGACGCGUCACCAAAAGCGAAUUCGCCGCCAGCUUCCAGGGGCAGGCCGCCCAGUGGGGAGACGGCGCUGAAGAAACACCCGGAGAGCGCGGACGUCGGCUCCAGACCGGGGACUACGAAAGCCAGGCCGAUACCGGAGAUGCCUGGCGCCGACGAAUCUUAUCCACGCGAUCCCGAUAAAGAUAACCCAGACGUUUUUGUGCCAGAUAGUGACUUAUUUGAAAUAUCAACGCUGCCAAAUCUAGGAAAUGGAUUAGAUAUUAACUAUAUUUUAGAUAGAGACGGUUGCUACCUCGGACUCAUUCAGAGGAAGGAGAUCACCCGGCUAGACGCGAAGUACAUGAUCCGAGUGGCGGAGGAGCGUGGGCUGUUUGGACACAACGCUCCGCCGCCUCCUGCCGCUCGUCGCAAGCGACCCGAUGCUUCCGCCACGCCGCGGCGACGGAAAGGGGGCAAGAAGCAGACCUUUGAGGUGGAGCGCGUAGCAGCACCGACAUACGCGUCACUCUCCCGCUCCAUGCGGCGCGGCAGCGCGCCGGCGUGGCUGGAGGCGGAGGCGCCGACGUCGCCGCGCCGCGUGUGCAGCCGCCACGCGCGCCGCCAGGCCGCCGCCGCCGCCGUCUCCGCCGCCGCCUGCACCUGCGACGCCAGGCACAGGUCACCAUGUUAUCGGCGCGCGUCGGCCGACGUAGCGGCGACCCCGCGGCCGCCCACCCCGCCCUGCCGCCGCCCCUUCCCCCUGGUCGUCCACGACCUGCGGCUUAAGACCGUCGUGCCCCACCAGAAGGUCACCGUGUAACCGACUGGUACUUGACACCUGUCACCGGUUGACAACUAACUGACAACUGGUCGACUUUGUCAAUGAGGGCUAUCGUUUUUAUA